AGUGUCGGUGGGUGUCAGUGCCGGAAGGAAUUUUGAAGCGGGAAUAGUGCAUAUAUCGGUGUGAGGGGUGGGGUGAAGCGAGGCGCGGCGUGGCUGCGCGGGCGAUGCGUGAGAAACUCGCGGCGCUGCUGCGUAGCGCGGUGCGUGCGCCGCCGGCCAGCGCGGACAAGCUGCGCGCAGGCGCCAUUGAUCCCGUCAUCGUCUUCCCAGAUGAAGGGAGCGUACACGAAAGCGGACUGGUAUGGCGCGGGUGUUCCGCCGGCUUCGACGCCGAAGACGGCGCGACAGGAGCGCUCACCGACGGUAACUCCAAUCCAGGAGACAAGUUGGAGGGGUCGGACUCAGCUCAGGACGACCCUGUUCACCUCAAGAGACGGGUGGGACUCUUCAGUGGGGUGGCUCUAAUUGUCGGCACCAUGAUAGGAUCUGGAAUAUUCGUCUCGCCCUCUGGGCUGCUGGAGCGCACUGGUUCGGUGGGCAUCAGCUUCAUCAUUUGGAUGGCGUGUGGCCUACUCUCAUUGCUGGGAGCGCUCGCGUACGCGGAGCUGGGAACUAUGAACACGUCGUCGGGUGCCGAGUAUGCGUACUUCAUGGACGCCUUCGGAGGACCACCCGCGUUUCUAUUUUCCUGGGUGUCAACUCUGGUGCUGAAACCGUCGCAAAUGGCAAUCAUCUGCCUGAGCUUCGCCAAGUACGCAGUGGAGCCGUUCGUGAGUGAAUGUGAACCGCCCGAUGCGCUUGUCAAACUGGUAGCGGUCAUUUCAAUAGUGAUGAUAUUAGCGGUGAACUGCUACAGCGUGAACCUGGCCACAAACGUCCAGAACAUCUUCACCGCCGCGAAGUUAGUCGCAAUCGCCAUCAUCGUCAGCGGCGGCGCUUACAAACUGAUACUAGGUAAUACGCGACAUUUACAGGAGCCCAACUUCUCGACUAGCACCGCCACCUUCGGCAACAUUGCCACGGCCUUCUACACCGGCCUGUGGGCCUACGACGGUUGGAACAAUCUCAACUAUGUCACUGAAGAAAUUAUGAACCCAUCCAAAAAUCUCCCAUUGAGCAUUAUAAUUGGCAUCCCACUGGUGACUCUGUGCUACGCGCUAGUGAACGUGUCGUACCUGACUGUGAUGUCGGUGAGCGAGAUGGUGGACAGCGAGGCGGUGGCGGUCACCUUCGGGAACCGCUUGCUGGGGCCUAUGGCGUGGCUCAUGCCGCUGGCCGUCACCAUCUCGACAUUUGGCUCCGCGAAUGGCACUCUGUUCGUGGCUGGAAGGUUGUGUUUCGCCGCGUCCAGGGAGGGCCACUUGUUGGAUAUCCUGUCCUACGUCCACGUGCGCCGCUUCACACCAGCUCCGGGUCUUAUUUUCCAUUCCCUGAUCGCUGUUGCUAUGGUGUUGUACGGAACUAUAGACUCACUGAUAGAUUUCUUCUCGUUCACGGCUUGGAUAUUCUACGGCGGCGCCAUGCUGGCGUUGAUCGUCAUGAGACACACCAAGCCCCAUGCACCAAGACCCUAUAAGGUGCCCAUUAUAAUACCGUACAUCGUACUUCUGGUGUCAACGUAUUUGGUAAUAGCUCCGAUAAUCCAGACGCCUCAAUGGGAAUACCUGUACGCUACUGGUUUCAUAUUCGGAGGCAUGUUGGUUUACCUACCCUUCGUGAAAUGGGGUUAUUCUCUGCCGUUCAUGGAUAAAAUUACCGUUUUCUUGCAAAUGCUAUUGGAAGUGGUGCCAACGUCGACGACAUUUGAAUAUUAAACUAGUCUACGCUGGACUAUAAAUAAAGCAUUUUGUGAAAGUUGUGUUAUAUUACGUAAUCUUAUUUUGCAGAUGUAACAAUAGGACUGCCGGCGAAUUUAGUGUACCUACUUAAACAUAUUUUAGCAA